AUGGCAGAUGAGACAAUUCAUUCAAUAAUGGUACAACACAAUGGAAGAUGGGACGCAUCAGGUAGAUACGUAAAUUUUGAAGUUGAAGGAAUAUUAUACGAUUCCAAAUCAAAGUUUAGUGGUUUGGUAACAGUGAUUGCUGCUCAACUAGGAAUAGAUACAACAAUUCAAGGAUUGGAGAUUAAAUACAUUGUUAGUGACAGAUGCCCGCCAAUGACCAUACACAACGAUAUGGCUUUGGAUUUAAUUGAAAUCCAAGACGAUGGAGGCAGCGGUUCGAAUUCUAUACAAUCCGUACCUUCACACGAUGGAAAAACUGAUAAGUUGAAUGCCAUGGUUCCCAGUGUUGAUUUUGAGGUUGUGGAAUGUGAACGAAAUGGAAUUAUAAGCGAAUAUCGAUAUGAAUUUGUUGCUGAAAAACAAAUUUAUAAGGACAAGGAAACAAUUGUUGCGGUUAUGAAGAACUACGCCUUUUCGAAACAAUUCCAAUUUUGGGUUAGAAGAUCUAGUUCUAAAAGCUAUUGUCUUGAGUGCCCUGCGGACGAUUGCUCUUGGAGUUUUAAAUCGUCAAGUUUGAAUGAUUCAGGGCUUUUCAAAAUUAGAUCAUUUUGUGAACAACAUACAUGCUCAUUAAAGGAUAGGAUUUAUUCAAGACGUCAAACAACUACGGCGGUUGUUGGAAUUAUGAUAAUGGAUAAGUAUGAAGAUCCAAAAAGAGUAUACACACCAAAAGAUAUAGCAUUAGAUAUGAGGAAACAACAUGGUUUAACAAUGACUUACAUGCAAGCUUAUAGAGCCAAGGAAAAGGCAUUAAACAUGUUGCGAGGGGAUCCAACUGAAUCAUACAAUAAGUUACCGAGCUACUUUUACAUCCUAGAAAAGACAUAUCCGGGCUCAGUUGUUAGUUUGGAAAAAACAGCAGAAGACCGUUUCUUGUAUGCAUUUGUAGCAUUGGAACCUUGUAUUAGAGGAUGGGAGUAUUGUAGGCCUAUAGUAGUUGUUGACGGCACCCAUCUAAAAUCAACUUACGAAGGAACUAUGCUAAUAGCAAGCACACUAGAUCCAGGAGGUAGUAUACUGCCACUAGCAUAUGCAAUAGUUGAUUCGGAGAAUGAUGCAUCUUGGACAUGGUUCUUUGAGAGAUUUAGGAUAGCUUUUGGUGGAAGGGAGAAUAUGUGCAUUAAAUGCGGGGGAAAUAAAGAACAGGUCAGGAGACUAUACUUUGCAUUAGCUAAAGCAUACACUCUUCAAGAAUUUAGUGAACUCAUGGGAAGGCUGGACACAAUAGAUAAGAAGUUGGGUGUAUACUUAUUUGAUAGUGGGUAUCAUAAAUGGUCUCGGGUACAUGCAACAGUGAAAAGGACAUGGACGUUGACUUCAAACAUUGCUGAAUCUAUAAACAGCAGCAUUGCCAAAGCUAGAGAAUUUCCAGUCUGUAAGUUAAUGGAUUACAUGAGACAAUUGAUUGAAACUUGGAAUGAAAAACACAGUGAAGAAAGGAGAAAUGCAUUCACUGAUCUUACUAAUGAGUACAAUGAAGCUUAUGAGGAUAACAAGGAAUUAUCACACCGUAUGACUGUAAGGGCUUCCACUGAAUUCCUACAUACAGUGACAGAUGGUAUGAAGAGAUUUACUGUGUGUCUUUGA